UGGACUGAGGUGGAUUUGUAUACUUUUGGAGAUUUGCUUCUUCAAUCUUGUAUCUUUAUAGAGUUUUAAAUCAAUAAAACAAUCUAUCUGUCUGUUUGGGUUAAAAAGAGAAUGGGUAACACUAACACAAGUUUUCUUAAUUGAAGAUUACUAAAUAUUGACAUAUUAUGACCCCACAUUAGGAUAAAAGUAUUUGCUGUUAUGAUUCCAUGUUAGGACAACGUAUUCACUGUCUAAUGUAAGUGAAUUAAGUGUAGUUGUUACUUUUUCUUCUUGAUCUUCUGAAGAAGGCUGUAUAGUCAAAGUCUUGCAAUCCAAUCGAUUGUUUUCAUAGGAUGUGUUUUCUGGUUUUAGCAUCUCUGUGUGUUUGUUUGUCAGUCUGUCAAUAGUAUUUCCUUGAUUAUAGCUUUCAAACUGACUUCUGUUUGCCUGUUAUGUUUGUUUGUUUAUUGAUUUGUUUGUCUGUUUGGCUAUCUGCCAUUUGUCUGUCUAUCUGUUUCCUAGCGCACCUGUCUCCAUGUUUGUUUCUGUGUCUGCUUGCUUGCUUGUCGGUCUUAUCUACAUUUGUUUGUUGUUGGUAUGUUAUUUGAUAGUGAAAUUAGGAAACAUAGAACUCUUCACAGGGCGUCCCUUUUUGUUGACUGAUAUCAGAAGUGCAUUGUUAGUAGGUGUAACGAGAUACAUACAUGUAGUCAUGGCUGUGUAGGUGUAGGUUAACAGGUCUGUUUGUCUAGUUAUUGUGCUAUCUUGUCACUAUGUUUAUCUUCAUACUUGUUGAUCACUGAUGACAUGUUCUGCGUUUGCAGUUCAGCAACCAGGACCUUCAGGUUCAUUAGGGUUGAAACCUGGUAUGGGAUCUGCAUCCAUUUGUGCUGUUGUUGAUGAAGAUGAUUGCAACCCUGAUGAUAAGUCAGUAUCAGCAAAGCAUGUUGCUGCCAUUCGAUUUCGGCGUAAUCAUCUUCUUAUGAAAGAAAUUCUCGAAGGGAGUCGAGUGCCAACGCCCAAAGCCACUAGCAUUACAGAUGAGAGGGUGACAGAACUUCGAAAUCAGGUCAAAUUGCUGGAGAAACAACAUAAAGAGGUGGAAACUGAGAUAGCUAAAAUGGAAACGAGUUUUGAGGCUAACAAGAGGAAAAUACGAGAAACGUCUAGUCAGUUUGAAGCUGCAAUGAAGCGACUUUGUCAAGUCUCAACUUUGAGAGAUGAUGUCUCAACUUCUGACAGUGGGUCUGUUGGUCAAGCGUCUGCUAAUGGGACACAUGAGCCAAAUACACAGGAAUAACCUACUUUAAUUAACAGCUCAACCAAACUGUUUGAUAAAGGGUGAUUUAAUGUGUAGUCUGGUAGAUACAUGUAUAAUUAGGUGAACCUACAUUAGCAUGUAUUGUAAAGUGAAUUGUGCCUAGAAUCUUACAUAGUCUGGAUUGAAGUAUGGUCAAUGAUGACGUUCUAAUGCAAAAAUUAGACAAUUUCUAUUUUAGUGGAGCUACUGAA